UCGCGAUCAGUUUACUAGUCCCCGCUUUCCGGUGUAGGAUCGCAUGUAGCUAUAUACGUUCAACUCUCCCAUAUCCCGUCUCUAGUCCCUUCCGUUCCGUUCUACUGCAGUAUCCGUGCUGCUAUCCCCAAAAGCUGCCAAGUGUUAACAGUGAAAACCCGGGACGGGAGCAUAUCAAUUGUGUGGUGCAUAGUUUUACAGUUGCUCCAUAAAUACCACCAAAGAGGCACAGUUCAAUUCGAAUAUGCUGCAUUGAUUCGAGGGUGAAACUGGUUUGAUUUGAUUUAAUUGGAGGAAGUGGUUGAAAAUGAAGAUACAGCUAGCGGUACUCGUCGUGGUGUCACUCUUUGUGGGACAGUGCCACGUAGCUCCGGCAUUUGGUGACGCAUUCCAGCUGGGCACGGAACAAUCGUACAAUUACCUGAACGAAGUUCGGGUGGGCGACGCCAAAAACGCAACUCACACCGUCGGGUACCUCGUCAAGGCCAAAGUCCACGUGGCCACCGUUUGGGGCGAUGACGAGCACAAACUGCUGCGGCUCAAGAUCUCGAGUCCCAGUCUAUACACUACACCAGGUGAGGUGAAACAAAGGACAACACUGGCCAGCAUCGAUUCGACCCCAUUCUACGUCUACUGGAACCUUGGAUCUGUAAAGAAGAUCUACUUUGAAAAGCAAGAAGAUGCCUCGUUGGAAAACUUCAAGAAAGGAGUUGCCACCUUAUUCCAGUAUCAGCUUCUCGAUGGACAGUACGUCGAGGAAGAUCCAUCCGGAACGUGCGAGGUGCAGUACACAUCGCAUUCGUCAACCCGCUAUCACAAAGUGAAGAAUAACUGCAAGUUUGCGGGUGAUCGCCACGAACGGACCGAAUAUCCAAUGCGUAGUUUGAUCAAGACAGCUCGCAGUGUUGAUUUCACCGUCAGUACGGAAGGAACACUGGUGAAGGUGGACGCUCUGGAUUACGUAAAAUAUCUUGUCAAUGCAUACGAUGCCCUUGGAGCGUUUCUUGAGUCUACGACUAAGCUGGAACUAGAAAAAGGAUCCAGUAAAGUGAGUGUCGUUGAGGCCAAGACAGUCGAUGAGGUUGUCAAGUCCUUGGCGGUGACAGAACAGGGCUUAUUAUCGGCAGAAUUUCAAUCUAAAUGUGAUGGAGAUGGCUGUGAUAAUCUGGUCAAGUUGGUUAAAAACCUCAAAAAGAGUCUCACGAAUGUACGCAUCGGAAAGCAGGAUGCGUCUGCUGCGCUAGUCGCUCUGGUGAAACAAGGUCGCCAGACAUCAACGGAAGAUUUCCACCGUAUUCUCAAGGCAAAGACUAUGGAUGAGCAACAGGGGCAACUGCUCGAUCUGCUGGGUGCCAUUCAAACCGUUCAAUCGCAUAAAGCUGCCAAGACCUUGCUGAAGUACGAAUCGGAUGAAGAAUUGUUGCUUGCUGAACGGUAUCUGCAAGCGCUUGCUGUGGGCAGUCGACCCAAGAAGGCCAUUAUCGAAGAUCUGCUAGAGAUGGCCGAGAAGAAGCCAAACAAUAAUAAGUUCUAUGACACUUUGCUGCAAACACUUGGAUCGUUAGCACACCGCUAUGCCAAACUUCCUGGAAAUUCGUACGACACUGAGCUGGUCGAAAAGGUCAAGAACUUUUUGCUCUCGCAGCUAGACUGGUGCAAGAAAGACAGAUGUAAGGAGAAGUUCAUCCGGGGGUUGCACAAUCUAAAGUCACCGAAAACACUGGAUAUUCUAAUCAAGCUUGCCAAGGAAGGUAGCGCCAAGAUCAGCGUAGCAGCUAUGAAAGCCUUGCGUUCAUUUUCCGUAUUCCUGUGGAACGAUGAAUUCAGAGCAGUCUUCGAGGACAUCUUCAUGCAAGUAUCCAAGAAAUACGACUCAAGUGCCCGAGCGUUGGCUCUCGAUAUCCUUCUGGACCUGAAGCCGGACUUUGAAGAAUUGAUGCAUCUAGUGCAGGUUUUGAAGUCCAACGACAAAGCAUACGAAGUGAAGCAAUAUCUUCUUCAGAAGGUACGAAUGCUGGCUGAUCGCUGUCCGGACUUUGCUGCCUUGCUGGAGAAAGUAAUACGACGUGAUCCCCAAUUGAAUAACUACCACAUUCUUGGUGCUAGAGGACUAUCGGUGGCUUUAAUGAGAACUUAUUCCAAAGUCCCUUCGUUCAACGCAUCUCUGGAGUCUCUUCAGGAGAUGAAUGGAGGUGUCCUGAAGCGAGGUAUCGUGGAUCUAGCCUUGGAAGUCGGCGAGGAGAAGUUCAGCAUGUUCACCCUUGGAUUGUUCGCCGGAGGACUUUCUUCGUUUGUUAGUAGUGGUGACGAGGAGGUUGAGGAUGACACUGAUUCGACCGCUGGCAUGGAACUGUCAGUACAGGGAUCCGUUCUACGACCCCUUGUUUUCUUCGACGGCAAAGGUGAGCUCAUGGGACAUGUCUGGAGUGGAACGGCUUCCGAAUCGACUCCGGCCUAUCAGGCAACCACGUUGCUUCAGGACAAUGAAGAACGGUUCCCUCUGCAGAACGGUGCUAUCGUCAAACUUAGUACCCUUGGUGCCAUCUCAAUCGAUUUGAACGGGCAGGUGACGAUGAGCAUUUGGGGACGAAAUGCACAAUCCAAGGUGGAGCAGAACACCGGUAUAACCGUAACCGGAAGCCUUUCACUGGAUACCUCGUUCGUUUCACUAAACGUCCACUUCAACGUUGGUCAGGAACCGCAGCUGCAUCUGUCAUCGGAUUUGGACUUUUCCACGGAUAAUACGCUCUGUAUGCAGCUGAGACAGACGGACAGCGUUUUCAGUCGGAAUGUGGUGGAGUCGGUUGCCGUUCCUGGAACCAAAUACCGGAAGGUGCACACCAGCAAGAUGACGUACAAACUACCUGGUCAUACGCAUGCACUGAACCAGAAGAAUAACGACAUGUGCAAUCUGAUUGCGAAAAGCUGAUCCCGGUUCGGAACGAAGGCGAAGACGAAUAAGAUGAAAAGCGAUUGGUCCAUACGACAGACCAAGGCAACCAUUUUGCUCCCAAAAAUUACCGUUUAGGAUGAAUUUGAAGUGCAGUUAAUUGAUUUACUGAAUUUGAUUUACCAAUCGAAGAGAGUGACUGAUCGGGUGCGAUUGUUGUACAGUAGAGUGGGAGUGUUAAAAGUAAGUUGAAGAUAAAAAUAAAAACAAAGAUUUCCUACUGAGAAA